GCGCUGUCCAGUCCAGCGUGUGGACAGGUGCCUCGCGGGCAAUAACAGACCGAGUUUCCUUGGCCGACUGUGAACCUCCUACCGCCCGCGAAGCGGAGAUCAUGGCCUCUCCUCAGGGUCUGAAGGCCCCGCUGGAAUUCGGGGGCCCCCUGGGCGCUGCGGCGCUCAUGUUGCUGUUGCCUGCCACCGCGCUGCACCUGCUCCUGGCGGCCCGCUCCGGCCCGGCUCGCCUCCUGGGGCCACCUGCGCACCUGCCGGGACUCUCCGAGCUGUGGAAUCCUCGGGUGCUGCUGUUGUUGCUCACCUGGCUCGGCCUGCAGGCGGCGCUCUACCUGCUGCCGGCACGCAAGGUGGCAGAAGGGCUGGAGUUGAAGGACAAGAGUCGCCUGCGUUAUCCUAUUAACGGCUUCCAGGCCCUGAUGCUGACCGCCCUGUUGGUAGGGCUGGGGAUAUCCGCGGGACUUCCCCUGGGGGCUCUCUCAGAAGUGCUGCUGCCCUUGGCGUUCGUGGCCACCCUCACUACCUUCAUCUUCAGCUUCCUUCUCUAUAUGAAGGCUCAGGUGGCCCCUGCCUCAGGCCUGGCACCUGGGGGAAACUCAGGCAACCUCAUUUAUGACUUUUUCAUGGGACGGGAGCUGAAUCCUCGGAUUGGUUUCUUUGACUUCAAAUACUUCUGUGAGCUGAGGCCUGGCCUCAUUGGCUGGGUCCUCAUCAACCUGGCCCUGCUUCUGCAGGAGACGGAGCUUCGAGGGAGCCCCUCCCUGGCCAUGUGGCUGGUCAAUGGCUUCCAGCUGCUCUAUGUGGGUGAUGCCCUCUGGUACGAGGAGGCUGUCCUCACCACCAUGGACAUCACCCACGAUGGGUUUGGCUUCAUGCUGGCAUUUGGUGACUUGGUCUGGGUACCCUUCACCUACAGCCUGCAGGCUCAAUUCCUGCUGUACCACCCACAGCCCCUAGGGCUGCCCAGGGCCUUGCUCAUCUGCUUCAUCAAUGCCGUUGGUUACUACAUCUUCCGUGGGGCCAACUCCCAGAAAAACACUUUCCGGCAGAAUCCUUCCGACCCCAGCAUAGCUGGCCUUGAGACCAUCCCUACAGCCACAGGGAAGAGACUGCUGGUGUCUGGGUGGUGGGGUAUGGUCCGGCAUCCCAACUACCUUGGGGACCUCAUCAUGGCUCUGGCCUGGUCCUUGCCCUGUGGGGUGUCCCACCUGCUUCCCUACUUCUACUUCUUCUACUUUGCUGCGCUGCUGGUGCACCGAGAGGCCAGAGAUGAGCUGCAGUGCCUGCAGAAGUAUGGCCGGGCUUGGCACGAGUACUGCCAGCGUGUACCUUACCGGAUUGUGCCCUAUAUCUACUGAACAGUCCUGCUGCCCCCAACGGGGGCCAGGAAGCCAGGACAUACGAGGACUCCAGGGUCUGCAGCCAUCCCUGAGCCGGACCAGGCUCACAGAAGAGGUGUUGGGGAGCACUGUUCCCUUCUGCAUAAAUAUCCAGAACCUAUGGUA